AUGGUAAACAAAAAUGUGGACACAAGAAGAAAAGUCCAGACAGGACUGAAGCAUAGCUGUGAAGACUGUGAUAAAAUACUGAUUGGAAAAUCAGCUUUAAACAAACACAUGAGAAUCCACACAGGAGAGAAGCCUUUCUGCUGUGAACUAUGUGGACAUAGAUUUAGCCAAAAAUCUACUUUAAACACACACAUGAGAAUCCACACAGGAGAGAAAUCUUUCUGCUGUGAACUAUGUGGACAUAGAUUUAGCCAAAAAUCAACUUUAAACAGACACAUGAGAAUCCACACAGGAGAGAAAUCUUUCUGCUGUGAACUAUGUGGACAAAGAUUUAGCCAAAAAUCACAUUUAAACACACACAUGAGAAUCCACACAGGAGAGAAAUCUUUCUGCUGUGAACUAUGUGGACAAAGAUUUAGCCAAAAAUCACAUUUAAACACACACAUGAGAAUCCACACAGAAGAGAAGCCUUUCUGCUGUGAUCUAUGUGGACAUAGAUUUAGCCGAAAAUCACAUUUAAACACACACAUGAGAAUCCACACAGGAGAGAAAUCUUUCUGCUGUGAACUAUGUGGACAAAGAUUUAGCCAAAAAUCACAUUUAAACACACACAUGAGAAUCCACACAGAAGAGAAGCCUUUCUGCUGUGAUCUAUGUGGACAUAGAUUUAGCCAUAAAUCAACUUUAAACACACACAUGAGAAUCCACACAGGAGAGAAAUCUUUCUGCUGUGAACUAUGUGGACAUAGAUUUAGCCGAAAAUCACAUUUAAACACACACAUGAGAAUCCACACAGGAGAGAAGCCUUUCUGCUGUGAUCUAUGUGGACAUAGAUUUAGCCGAAAAUCACAUUUAAACAAACACAUGAGAAUCCACACAGGAGAGAAGCCUUUCUGCUGUGAUCUAUGUGGACAAAGAUUUAGCCAAAAAUCACAUUUAAACAAACACAUGAGAAUCCACACAGGA